CAGUAAUGCUGACCAUCUCCAUCAUGUCCAUUACAACUCAUCCAGCUUCAAUUGAGACCUCAGGUAAUCAAUCAAUUAAGUAAAUUAUGUUGAAUAUAUUCAAUAUCCGUACAUAUUAAUUACUAAUCGAUUGGAAGACCUUUCGGUAUUUAUUAAUCAUAGUAGCGCUAAUUCUGCCUUGUUAGCUUACUUAAAAUCGAAUUCACAGGUCUCUCAGUCUUCUAGCCACUAUCCUAAUGGAUCAGCCAAGCGAAACCCAGGCGCGAUCGCAGCCAAAGCCAACCAAAAUGAAUUAUGCCUGCGAGGCAUGUCGGAUUUCCAAAGUCAAGUGCCAGUCAGGGCCCCAACCAGGGAUUUGCAAGCGUUGCUCCGAGUUCAAGCGGGAAUGUAUCUUUCGCACUGGCCCAAGAAUCCGGCGACCUAAAGUCACUCGGCCUGACGCAGAGGCUUUACCCCCUCCCCCUGGUCCUAGCCAGACCUUCAGCAUCGACUUCGCCAUGCCAACCGAUGAUGCCUUACGUGAUAACUUCGACGAUCUGAGGGAAAAACACGAACGCUUCAUCGAAGAACUCGUUCCGUCUUGCGAGGAAGAACUAGACGAAGACUCAGCAAUAGCCUCACAGCCAGCUGGGCAGACUUUCAGUUUCAACGAUCUCUCGAUGCGCACUCCAUCAUUAACGGCGGCGAGUACUGUCUCGUCAAGCUCAAGACCUAUGAGUAGCUUAGGCAUUCAGCCACGGUUUAAUCUAGACUCUGCAGCUAAGCUACUCGACACGUUCCGUUCGAUGUUGCCGUAUUGUCCAUGUAUCAUGCUGCCCGCUAACGCUGAUGUCCCAUCCUUGGCUCGUGAUAUGCCAUUCGUCCUUUUGGCUAUCCUUGCAGUAGCGAGCUGUUCCACAAGUCUGCAAGGCCAUAGCCUUUAUGAUGAAGAGUUCCGGAAGAUUCUGGGUUUGAAAUUCGUAACUGGAGGUGAACGGUCACUUGAGUUGCUACAGGGGCUGAUUGUCUAUUGCUCUUGGUACCCUUUUCACUUGCGUCCAAAGAAUAGGCAAUCAAGGCAAUAUAUGCGCAUGGCCGUAGACAUCGUCCACGACCUAGAAUUAGACGAGGAGACAAAUUUGGAUCUUGCAGCCCUGUCACCCGAAAGGAGAGAAAUCAGAUUCCAGACUAUCCGAGCAUAUAUCUCCUGCUUUUACAACGUUUCGACACACUCAUGGGCAUGGUCCAAGCCUUCUAGCUUAAGAUACACUAUGUGGAUGGCGAAAUGCUGUGAUACACUAGAGCAGUAUAGUGACCUCGAGCAAGAUCAUAUACUCGUCUGGCUUGUGCGAUUGCAGUACAUCUUAAACGAGUUCUUCGAAUUGGAUAGGAACUAUAAGAAGAUGAACUUUAGUGGCCAGAGCGAGCACCACCACAGUCUCGUUCGCAUGGGGCUGGAGACACAAUUACGAGAAUUUCAGACUAAAAUUCCUGGCCAUCUCUCAAUUACGCCGAAUAUCUUAAUAGCUUCGCUCAUAGUAGACGCCUAUCUUUUGGCUGCCCCGUUAAUGCAGAACCUCCGUCCACGUCCUGAAGAUAUUGAAAAUCCCCUAUUUGACCCGGUCAAGCUUCAAGCAGCUACGUACACGAUCCGAGCCUUCUUCGACUACGUUCUGAGCCUCCCACCAGAGAAUAUGGGUCACUUUUGCGGUGCCGAUAUUGGGCGUUUCAUUGUCGUUGUUAUCCUAGGGUAUCGUCUAUCGUUCCCUGUACCAGCCUGCCCAACCUACGACUAUGCUCAAGGCAGGAGAGUCUUGGAUUUUGGUACAGUUCUUACGAAGUUAUCUACUGUUGAGGAUGAGGGUGGGGAUAACGCUGGAAGUGACGAACCUAAUAGUGCUAAUAAAGGAUCCAGCGCUAAGCGAGUUGACGUUGCCGCGGCUAUGAAGGUAGUCCUCAGGUCACUCAAAGCUAAGUAUGAUAAAAAAAGCGCGGAUCUAGAGGCGGCGGCAGCUGAGGAAGCGGACAAGAGGGCUCGUCAAUGCCCCAUGUUCGAUGGGAGCUUGGACCAAUACCUACCAUUGUGGGAGGGGCAGCAGGGCAAUUUUACGAACGCCUCAUAUGCGACGCCUACACUUGCCGGGGACUCUACAUUGCCGCCUGGGGCUGGGGCGGGAGUAACGGAUGAGGGUUCCAAGCCAAUGUUAUUUCAUGAUCUGUGGGCGACUAUGACAAUGAGUUGGAUAGAGGAUGCGAAUGCAGGCGUGCAGCAAGAAGUUGAUAUGGCAGAUAUGGAAAAUACGGAAGGGCUCGCUAACCCUACCUAGGUAGGAUGUGAGUACAAGUUUCCUGCGUAGCAUGGCACUCGGGCGUGUAUAUAUGGGUUAUGGCUUUAAAAGGAUUCUAUUCACUCAUGCAGCUGUGAAAUCCUAAUUCUCUACGCACCUUAUUUCAGCAUCUUCUUUACAAAUACCCAUGAACAUCCUAUAUGGGAACUUUAUGGAUCUUCAUAUUAGAUAUACAGUGAAAAAUCACCCUAUACUUCCUUAAACGGCGCAUAGCGAUCACUUUCAAGAGCUAGCCAAUCAGAGUUGAUGAAUUUCAU